AUGUCAUUGUUCAGCAUGGCGCUCGAGUUGGCGUUGAACCACCAAGGUUUGCCAAUGACGACUCCUGUCCGUCAACCAUGCCAGGUCGAAUCACGCGAGUGGCUUGCGGUCUUGGGCUCCCCCGCACUCCGCAAGCGACGAACAAGAAGCAAUCGGGGAGGCAUCGAGUGGGCGGUGCCGUUUCGUGGCCCUGUCCUGCCACUGCGAGACGAGGCGAGGCGAGGCGGAGGGCCGUUGCGCAAGGUUGCCGCUAACCCAGACGCCUCGCCAGCGGGAGCUGCUGUCAAGCAGGUUGAGAUGCGCUGCACCUGGGUGGAGGCUGAUAUUCAUGGAUGUUGUGCUCCAUAUCCAUGGAUGGGUUGGACAGCAGCGGCCAGUCUCGAGGUUAGCCGACAUUGA